AUGGGCUGUUCUGGGCGGGGCCUGGGUUGGCACCGCGGUGUGGGCGGAGCCGUCGUGAAGCGAGGAGAGGGCCGAGACGGGAGGGGCGGAGCCUGGAGGUGGGCGGGGCUGAGGGCCGGGGCAGAGGGUCGAGCCGUUAGCCUAGUGCUGACCAGGAAGAUGGGCGUGGCUGGAAGCGGGGCCGAGGCCGGAUUGGCCAGAGCAUGUCAGAGCCGUGCAGAGGGCGGAGCCCGGGCCACGGGGCGGCCCGUCGGCGCGGGGCGUGUCCGGGGCGUGUCCAGGGCGGGGCGUGUCCGGGGCCGGGGCCGGGGCCGAGGCCGGCGGGCGGGCGGCUGCGCGGCACUGCACUCCGCCGCAGGUCGCUCCCCGAUGGCGCUGGCGGGCCCGGGCGCGGGUUCGGGCGCGGGCGCGGGCGACGGGGCGGGCGCGGGCGCGGCGGAGGAGCGCUACGCCUUCCUGUUCAAGCUGGUGCUGGUGGGCGACGCGGGCGUGGGCAAGACGUGCGUGGUGCGGCGCUUCAAGACGGGCGCCUUCGCCGAGCGCCAGGGCAGCACCAUCGGCGUCGACUUCACCGUCCGGACGCUCGACGUGCGCGGCCGGCGCGUCAAGCUGCAGAUCUGGGACACGGCUGGCCAGGAGCGCUUCCGUACCAUCACUCAGAGUUACUACCGCAGUGCCAACGGAGCCAUCCUCGCUUACGACAUCACCAAGAGGAGCUCCUUCCUGUCAGUGCCCCACUGGAUUGAGGAUGUGAGGAAGUAUGCGGGUUCCAACAUUGUACAGCUGCUGAUUGGGAACAAGUCAGACCUGGGUGAGUUCCGGGAGGUGCCACUGGCCGAGGCACAGAGCCUGGCAGAGCAUUACGACAUCCUAUGUGCAAUUGAGACGUCAGCCAAGGACUCAAGCAACGUGGAGGAGGCCUUUGUGCGCAUAGCCACAGAGCUGGUGAUGCGGCACGGUGGGCCUCUGCUCAGUGAGAAGACCACUGACCACAUCCAGCUGGACAGCAAGGAUGUCAGCGAGAGCUGGGGCUGUGGGUGCUGAGGGGCGUGGGGCCAGCAGGCAGGACCUUCCUCCCCACUCUCUGCCCCCGGCCUGCCAAGCCCAACUCCACAGGCUCUGGCACUUCUGGGCUUCUGGAUAAAGUCUUGAAUGAGCCUUUCAAAACCUAGUACUUGAUGGGCAGCUUUCCUCCAAGGAAGAUGCAGGAUGCUGCUGGCCCAGGGUAGGGUGUGGGGCCUGUCCUCCCCACUAGUGGCUGUACCCCCUCCCCAAUUUCUUCACAUUCCAGAACUGGCCCCAGCAUGCCCCUGUAGAGGGCAACAGGAGAGGGGCCCAGAACCCACACCCCACUCUGCAGGGCCCAGUUCAACCAUUUCACGUGUUUCUGUUGCCACAGCAGCAACAGCAGCAGUUGUUUGCUUUCCAGGGAUGUGGCUACUGCCUUCGGCUCUUCCAGAACUUUCCGGGGCCAAAGUGAGCUAGCUGUCCACCUGACUUGGGUAAAGAGCACGGCCCAAGGAAGCUCUGGCUCCUCCUGAAAGAGAAACCUUCCUUUCUUCACUGCCAGUUCUGAGCUCAGGCAUCUUGGGGCCGGCUCCCUGCCUUAGCAAGACCUCUCAAGUUUUCUGGUUUUCCGUGUAGCUUCUCAUUUCCCUCAGCCCAAGUGUGGUGUCAGGGCCCGCCGCCAAGCAGGGACGGUCUGCUGGGCAGGGGCCCACAGUUUGGCCACUCAGUUUGCACACUUAGGUUGCAAAACCAGCUUGUUCUGAGAGCCAGCGCUGGCUUUCAGAACCUGGGCAUGGGGAAUGAGAGAGUGGAGAGAGUGUAGGGUGGACCUUGAAGGGAGAAGGAAAAGCUCUUGUCCUGGAGGUCCAGGUUUG